CGGAUAUACGUGGACCACAGAAAUGAAGACAGAAUGAGGUCUCAGCUCAUUCGAAAAUCAGAUAGAAAGAAAAUUGCACACGAAGAAAAAGCACGUAUGUGAGUGCACAUAUACGUGUUUCUUUAUACGCAUGUUAACGUCACGUCGACGGGUGAAUGCGUCUCGAUCGUGCCAACGAAAUCUCAGAGGCGAUCACGAUGAUAGAGGAUAACGCAGGAAGGGCCACCGUGCACAAAUGGAUUCUGAAGAUAAUAACUGUCGCAUUCAUUAUGCUUAUCAUUUUGAAUUUUCCGAUGAUUUGCGAGAGUCACGAUAACCACGAGUUACCUAGUUAUAAAUAUUCAAAAGAAGCGAAUGAGAUCUAUUUAAAUGAACAACAACAUCAACAUCGACAACAAUAUCAAUAUCAGCAUCAUGAUCAUGAUCAUGAUCAUGAUCAUCAUCAUCAUCAUCAUCAUCACAGUCAUAAACACUCACAUUCGGCACAAGCAAAUGCUCCGCAUAAAGAUCACAACGAUAUUAUUUUAAGAGCUAUCGGAUCAACCUUGAUUAUAUCUGCCGCACCUUUCUUCAUAUUGUUUUUUGUACCACUGGACAACACCAAGCAACGUGAGUCGUUGCUCAAAAUCUUGCUGAGUUUUGCAUCUGGUGGCCUGUUGGGUGAUGCGUUUCUUCAUUUGAUCCCUCAUGCAUUGAUUCCUCAUUCGCAUGAUUCUUCAGAAGUGCAUUCACAUUCUCAUAAUAAUAGUGAUGAAUCGGGACAUCACAAACAUGACAUAUCUGUCGGUUUGUGCAUAUUAUUAGGGCUCAUAGUAUUUUUAAUGGUGGAAAAAGCAGUACGUAUUAUUAAGGGUGAUCACAGUCACUCGCAUGUUUCUGAAGAGAAAAAGGAAGAUGUUUUAUCAGAGAAGAAAGAAGAAAAGAAAAAUAAUAGUAAAUCAAUUUCCAAGACACCCAAAGCAUCUUCAUCUGAAGAUGAUAUCAAGAUUGCUGGUUAUCUGAAUCUGGUUGCAGAUUUUCUGCAUAAUUUUACAGAUGGUUUGGCUAUAGGAGCUAGUUAUAUGGCUGGGAAUAAUAUUGGUUACGUAACAACAUUCACAAUAUUGCUGCAUGAGAUUCCACAUGAAAUCGGCGACUUUGCUAUCUUGAUACAAAGUGGAUAUAGCAAAAGAAAGGCUAUGAUGUUGCAGUUAACUACUGCUAUAGGAGCUUUAUUAGGAACUUUUGUUUCUUUAUUGGCAGAAGGAAUGGGUGAUUUUGCAACAAAGUGGAUUCUUCCUUUUACAGCAGGCGGCUUUAUUUAUAUUGCAACUGUUUCUGUAAUACCAGAACUUUUAAUUGCUACAAAACUUUGGCAAUCGAUCAUGGAGAUCCUAGCACUUCUUUUUGGCGUAUAUAUGAUGGUUCUUAUAGCAGAUUACGAAUAAUUACAGGAUUUUCUGUACUAUUUUCACUCAUCUUUUUUUUUGCUCAUUAAGAUUUAGGUUAAUUUCCAUUACAUGAAUAGUAGUACAGAAGCGCAAAUUUUUAGUGCGCGAUUAAUGGUAACUGUUGCAUUUAUGUUCAUCUUGAUAAAAAAUGCAUAAGAUUUCUUCAUAAAAAUAGAUAUUUUUUGUAAAAAUAGAUUUAUUAUACAAGAAAAAAACCUUUAUAAUAUCCUUUAUUUUUAAGAAAAAAGCUUGGUGUGAUUUCGUGGAAUAUCGAAAUGAUUUAUUAGAUAUGAAUACAUUAUCACAAUUUAUUUAUAAGAUAAUGUCAUGAUAUUAAUUUAUUUAAAUAUUCGUGUAGUUAAACAUUCAUAUUUGAUAAUCUA